AUGACGACCAUGUCCAUCCCCACGUCAAUCUUCCAGUCGCAACGACGCUUGGUUCUCGUCGCUUCUGCCGCCUUCUUUGUCGUGAGCGUCUACCUCUGCACCACAGUACUAUUCGCCAUGGAUUUCAACCGCGCGUCCGUCUCCUCAAGUUACGAAGACGUCGAAGUGGACCUCCCCAAAGCCAAUCUUCCCUCAUCUACCAGCUCCUACAACCGGCCAUCGUCCGAGGACAUCACCGUCGUGGCUGCGCUUCCUGACGAGUACGUCCCGACCACCGAUAAUAAUAGGAGGAUAAUCGUGAUCGGAGACCUCCACGGCAUGAUCCACCCGCUCAACACCCUCCUCGAAGAGACAGGGUUCGACAGCAGAAAAGACCACAUCGUGUCAGUAGGCGACAUGGUCAACAAGGGUCCCGAUUCUGCCGGCGUCAUCAAACGCCUCAUGGAUCUUAACGCCAGCGCCGUCCGCGGGAACCACGAAGACCGCGUGCUAUUGGCGUGGAUAGCUUAUAAUACUAGGGAAGAUAUUGCGGCCGACUUGGCAAUGAAAGACGCGGAGGUGCCUCCAGGCGCGUCUGGGGAUCUGAAGACAGCACGGAGCCUUUCGUCAGAGCAGCUGGACUGGCUCAAGAGCUUACCCGUUAUCCUCACCGUUGGCCCGCUCAACCUGUGUAUUGUCCACGCAGGACUUGUCCCGGGUAUCGAGCUUGAGCAGCAAGUCCCCUGGGCCGUAAUGAAUAUGCGAACGCUCACCUACCCUACUGACGAUUUCCGCUGGAAGGAAGAACAGAAGCAGGAGAAAGAGGAGCAGAAAAAGAAGAAGGAAGGGGAGCGAAAAAAGCAAGAAGACGAAGCAAAGAAUAAGUCCCGUCGCGAUGAGGCCGAGCCUGAUGACGCCGCCGAAAACAUCGUCAUCGAGAGAACCAUACUCAAUCACGACGUCUGGAUCCCUAUCGACAGCCACGACGGCGACAAGUGGACCGACAUCUGGAACCGCGAGCAGAAGCGAGUCGCCAAGUCCCAUCGCCGCACCAUAGUAUACGGCCAUGAUUCUCAGCGCGGCUAUCAGGAGGAUUCCUACACCUUUGGCCUCGACUCCGGGUGCGUCAAAGGUGGUGCCCUGUCCGGCUUUAUUAUCCAGGCGGUCGAGGGGGCUUGGACACACACCACCGUGCAGGUGCCGUGUGAAGAAUCGUGA